GUGAUUAUGUCUUACCCCCAUGCAGGUAACGUGGUUAUGGGUUGAGGCAGUGGUUGUCAGUGAUUAAGGUGACUCAAUCAAGAGGCGGAGUGAUGGCACUGUCCAAGCGUCAUCGAGAUGACUCGUUAUCGAUAGCUCCCGAGUCCCGCCUCCAUACUUGAGUACCCCAACUCCACUCCCUCGAGCUCUCUCUUUCAGAGCUCCCAUCCCAACUUUCAUUCUACACUAUACAACAUUCAAUGCACAUUCUCCAACAAAAGCUCAUGGAACAUCUAUUGAUUGAUCAACAAAUACACAGCUGUAAACGAAUACGGCAGCAGAUACGGAACUGCACCUGAGAGCUCUACACACAACUAUGGCGUCACGACAUGUGAAAACAAACCCAAUGGAGCGGCGGAAAGGCGAGUCGGCUCUAAGCGACUUCGCCGACUACGUGCAGAAACAGCAGGCCUUGCGCCGCCCUCCCGGCCAAAACCCCGCUGCCCUCGAAGAGCACGACGAGCUCGACAUCAUUGAUCAACUCGGCCUAUCCGACGAUACCACCUCACGGAUACCCCUGAGAAAGCUGUUGGUAGAUCCUGCUGAAGAGAACACUCCAGCCCUCGUGGAGCUUCUGUGCGGUAGAUUGGGCGAGGGCCAUGGCGAGGCACUAUUCGAUGUGGGACUUGAAGAUAAUGGGGAGUCAAUGGGCUUUUCGAGGGAAGAGUGGGAUUCUGCGAUCGAGCGCAUAGGAACCGUCUGUGAGGAAAUCAAAGCCGACUUUCAAGUACUCCUCACGAGGAACGUAGGUGGGGACGUAGAGGUUGACUCUGCCAAUCCAAAAGAGAAGGGAGCGUCCGGAAAGAUCAUAAUACGGCGGCGCCCGCAAAGCAUUGACGAAGUCAUUGAGACCCGAAUCGCAGUGGUGGGUAAUGUGGAUGCAGGGAAGAGUACUAUGCUAGGAGUCCUUGUGAAGGGCGGCUUAGAUGACGGUCGAGGUAAAGCUCGUGUGAAUCUAUUCCGCCAUAAGCAUGAGAUUGAGACUGGGAGAACCAGCUCUGUCGGAAUGGAGAUCAUGGGAUUCGAUAGCAAAGGAGAGGUUGUGGUGUCCAAUGUUGCAGGACGCAAGCUGACUUGGGAAGAGAUUGGAAAACGCUCUGCGAAAGUCAUCGGAUUCACUGAUCUUGCUGGCCACGAGCGCUACCUUCGUACCACGGUGUUUGGCCUACUCAGCAGUGAGCCUAACUACUGUUUGCUCAUGGUAGCCGCGAACAACGGUCUGAUCGGCAUGAGUAAAGAGCAUCUCGGAGUUGCACUAGCUCUAAAUGUUCCCGUCAUGGUCGUUAUUACCAAGAUUGAUAUCUGCCCACCUCAGAUUCUCGAAGAGACCAUCACGCAGCUGACGAAAAUCUUGAAGUCUCCUGGGGCACGCAAGAUACCUAUCUUCGUCAAGAACCACGAGGAAUGUGUUAACACCGCGACUCAAUUUGUAUCACGACGCAUCUGCCCCAUCUUCCAGGUCUCGAACGUCACUGGCACCAAUCUUGAUCUGGUGAGGACAUUCUUGAACAUCCUCCCUCACCAUGGAAAUUACAACGCGGAUGCACCUCUGGAAUUCUGCAUCAACGAUACUUUCUCUGUUCCAUUUGUUGGAACCGUUGUUUCUGGAAUUGUCAAGUCGGGCGAGAUCCACGCUGGCGACACCAUACUUGUCGGACCAGACAGUCUUGGUCAAUUCACAACCACCAAAGUUCGAUCCAUUGAACGGAAACGAAUACAAGUCCCCGGCUGCAGUGCUGGACAAAGCGCCAGCCUGGCACUUCGUAACGUGAGGAGGAAGGACGUCCGCAAGGGUAUGGUUGUCCUGCACAAGCCCGACAAGCCUGAUCCGACGACCGGUAACCUCCCCGCACCUAAAGUGUACCGCGAAUUCGUGGCAGAGGUCCUCAUUCUUUCCCACGCGACUACUAUCAAAACCAAGUACCAGGCGAUGUUGCACGUUGGCCCAGUCUCGCAGACGUGCGCCAUCAUUGACAUCGAUAGGCAAUACAUCCGUACAGGCGACCGAGCUCUGGUGGCAUUCCGCUUCGUUCAGCGUCCCGAGUACUUGACGAUUGGGGACAGGAUCAUCUUCCGUGAGGGGAGGACGAAGGGACUGGGGAUUGUCAAGCAAGUCGGUUAUGAUUCGAAAAAGCCAUUGAACCCAGAGGCUACACAGAAUGGAAAGAAGUCGAAUGAGGCUUGAAGGAUGGAUUUAAGAACUCUUUAUUACUCUUCAAUGUUUGAUAAACGACAAAGUACGAUUGAAUCCAAUGCCAACCUUAUGCGCUCUGUUA